CCACAACUCUCCAUAUUCAUAUCACCCAUCAAGCUCCUUACCUUGUAUCGCUACUGCAUCUGUUAAAGCUCUAUGAGACCAUCCCUUAUUAAUAGAAUGGCCAAGACUCUUGCAUUUUCAGAAAAGUCCUUCGACUCAUCUUCUUACGCAGAUUUUAGGCCUACUUACGGCAUAGCACUCUUUGAUCAGCUCUUCAUGUAUCAUCAGAGUUCCAGCAAGGUUGCGGUAGACCUUGGCUGUGGUACUGGUCAAAUCACAUCUAUUCUUGCUGAACGCUUCGAGAAGGUCAUUGGAUUUGAUACUUCUGCCAAGAUGCUCGAGGCAGCUAUCAAGCACGAUCGCAUCAGCUAUCAGGUUGGCAGUGCCGAGUCUCUUCCUCUGGAAGACGGCAGUGUGGAUCUCGUCACAGUUGGCCAAGCUGCACAUUGGUUCGACAAGGAGAAAUGGUUCAAGGAGAUGCACCGCGUCAUCAAACCUGGAGGCACACUCUCUUUCUGGUCAUACAACGAGAUUGUCUUUACAGACUCACCGGCCGCGACGAAAGUAUGGAACCAGGUCUCACACGCUGACGACAAGCUUGGUCCUCAUUGGCCACAACCAGGACGCAGUAUCCUCGAAGAGGCCAUGGACGGCUUUGACCUGCCAGAGUCACUGUUCAGCCGUGUAGAGCGGCACUACACAGCACAGCGUGGCUCUCAAGAGCCUUCGCCGGUAGCGAAGCAGACGACCUUACUAGGAGCUGCUCAGUACAUGCGUACUGCUUCUGCCUUCCAUAAUUGGCGUGCAGCGAACGGUAAUCCAGUCUCGAGAGCUGCUGGCGGGGCAGGCGAUGCAGUGGACGAGGCUAUUGACGAAAUCAAACGUCAGACGGGCUGGACUGAUGACUCAAAGAUCAACGUCCAUUGGCCGACUGUUGCAGUCUAUGGAGAGCGUAGAUAGAUGGUUAUUGUACAUUAUAGCAGCAGGCUUUGUACUUGUAGACUUCGACUUGGUCUUGUAGUAGAGUAGAGUA